UGUAACAUAUUGUGCUUUAAUUAGAAAUAAAUAUAAUAAAAUGAUAAAAAUCGAUUUUGCUGGAUUUAAGCUUAUUGUCAUUCGAAGUUGUCAUUAGGUUAAUACGUAAAAUUGUGUUUAUUAGUCCAUGAUUAGGACUGUAAUAUUUAGAAGAAUUCAUAUGUAGACAUUUUAUAAUGACGGAAUUUUUUGUAUAAACUAAUUCCUUUUUGCAAGCAUGUUUUAAGCAAACUUCAGGAUAUUAAAUAAAAAAUACCAGUGCUUUUUGUAUAUAUGUCUACAUUUUUAGAUUGAUUUAAAAAAAGUACAUAGAAUCGAUUAAAUUUUUAAACACGAUGAGGAUCAAAUACCGUAGAACAGUGAUAGUAUUUCUAGGAGUACAGACUCUGUUAAUAUGUUAUCAUAUGUUAUCAAGCUCUAAAGAUUCGCUUCCAAAACGCAGUUUAUAUUCAAAGAGUCCGGACAUCUUUCUCCCACAGACACAGUCAUCGGAAAUAACGAAACAGGUCAAUCAAAUUCACACAUUACAAACAAAACAACUAAUGAAAGAAAUGCACGUGACAAAUGGUGAUUGCGUAAAUAUCAUGUACCCGGUCGAGUUACUGAAUGAAGAAUCAUGGAGAGCAGUGGAUGAAAAGAAGAAUGCGUUUGUGUUUUCUGCAUACAUUGUUGAUCAAAGUGGUACAAUCAAAGUGGUUGGUGCAAGCACUUUUAGGAUAGCGAAAAUAUUUUGCCAGUACUGGUUUGUAAUGCCGGCGAAUGAUACAAUUAUAAUGCAUGAAAAACCUGCAAAUAUACACGUCCUUCCUGAGAGCCAUGGGGAAAAAUACUCAGGUGCUAUAUUUAUUUGCCCUGGUAUACCUACCAAUACUCAUUACAUUUCAUUGGUUACAAGUCAAUGUAAGGUGCCACUUCAUCUACUGAAAGUGAAAAAUGGAAUAGUACCACAAAAGUAUCAACGGAAGUUCACGGUCUGUUUGAGACCGCUGCAUUUCCGGUAUGGUAGAGCUUACGAACUCGUUGAGUGGAUAGAAUUUAACAAGAUGCUUGGAGCAGAAAAGAUUGUUGUAUACAAUUACUCUAUCGCAAUGAACAUUGAUCAAGUGCUCAGCAAUUAUGUUGAAGAAGACAUCGUAGAAGUUGUACAAUGGGAUUUACCGAUUAAGAGUUACACAUGGCCGAAAACAUCAGCUCCUGUAGAAAUUCAUUCUAUGGGAACGAUACCAAUGCUUCAGGACUGUCUGUAUCGAAACAGAGCGCAUUCAGAGUUCCUUAUCAAUUGUGAUGUAGAUGAGUUUAUAAUACCACGCUCUGAUAAUACUUAUACAUGGUCUGAACUCUUUACACAGAUUCCGUCGGAAUAUGAUACUUAUAUUUUCCGCAAUACUUUUUUCAGAAAAGAAUGGAACAGUUAUAUUACUGAGUUUCAAAAUAAGCAUAUUUCUCAAAAGUUUAAUAUCAUAUCGUUACAAUAUUUUGAACGUGAAGAUGUCAUUUUUCCUGCUUGGUCAAGGUCAAAGUAUUUUACAAGGACGAUCAAAGAAGACAAAAGUUUGAUGAUUCACGAGGUAUCGGGAAGUCGUUCAUACAUAGUACCUGUAGAAUUAGGUCUACUUCACCAUUACAGAAACUGGCAGAAUUAUAAAGAUACUUCGAGAAGAAUAGUUGACAAGACCGUGUUAAUUAAAUAUGGAGAAAAACUAAUCCACAGAGUCCAGAAGCGCUGGGAAAGGCUAGGAAAUGUAAAACUGGAUAUGCCAAUUUGAAAACAAUAUUUGUGAAUCAAUAAUUGAUUUUUCUUCUAAUCCAAAUAUGUUAGUGUUGAAACUUAUUUCCAAGUUAGAGUUUAACAUUUGUUAAUAAGCCUUUUACGUGUAGACGUCAUUUGACUGAGAUCAAAUUAUGGUCAAAUCUUAUUUCAGUUUUAAACGUAUCUCAACACUCAUGGUGUUGUUAAUGUUUCGUUACAUCAAUACAAAUUUGUCUAUAAAUGUGUACAUUUAAUCAUGAACAAUGCCAAGUGUUCACUGUCAUAUAUCAAUUUGAAGUCAAGUGUUCACUCAAAUUCAAAUGCCCAAAGUCAAUUGUUCGCUAAAAAACUAAUGUCCAUUCAAAGUCAAAAAUUUACUUGAAGUUCACCCGAAAACAAAUAUUCAGUCCAAAUUAAGUGUUCACUCGAAGUGCAUUGAUAUGUCAACAGUUUACUCACAGACAAAUGUUUACUGGGAUCGAAAUUUUCACUCGAAAUCAAAUGUUCACUCGAAGUGUAAUGUUCAUUCAAAGGCAAAUUGUUUACUCGGAGUAAAAUGCUUACUCAUAGACAAAUGUUAAUUCGAAGUCAAAUGUUCACUUAAAGUUAAAUGUUAACUCGAAGUGUAAGGUUAACUAUAUAUAUAUUUUAUUCCUCCAUUUAAUGAAGAGCAGAACAAGCAUACAUAAAUAUCACACAUAUAUACAAAAUUAUGACAAUUCAACAAACAUAAUACAGAAGUAUGUCAACAAACUUGUCAAAUAUUUAUAACAUUUUACUAACUUUUGAAACUACAUAAAUGUAUUUUGAUAACACGUAAACAUAUUUAACAAAUACAAAU